AUUGACUCGCCCGCAACUCGUUAAAACCCUCACUCCCGAUUUCAAAAACCCUCUCUCUCUCCUCUUCUCCCUCUCUCCGAGGCGACAUCGGAGUCUCGCGCGCAGAAGAGGGGCCGGCGAGCACGCCAUGAGCAGAAGAAGCUGAGAAAAAUAUGAGGGCUUUGCGGAUCAUAGCAAGAGGGCGGCGAUCGACGCUUCGUCUCGGUUACUCCGCUGCUAAAGCUGUAUUGACCAACAGAACGGAUGCUCAUGGAUCAAAAGUUCAGUGGUGCGCCAUAUCGAAUGCUGCAUCUGUUUCUUCCGAGUCACCAAAUUCUUGUAAAAGCCGCAAGCGGAUUCCAAAAGAUGAACGUCAAGCUAUGGUGGAACGUUAUGUUAAUGAGUACAGAUCAAAUAAUGCCGGGAAGUUUCCAACUGCUUCUGAUGCUAUGAAUCAUGUUGGUGGUUCUUAUUAUGUUAUUAGAAAGAUUAUUCAGGAGCUAGAGCACAAAUCCAAGUUACCUCAAUCAACUAGUGGAACUGAAAUAUCAUCAGGUCCCAAGCUGAAUCCUGUGAAGAAAUCCAGGACUAAAGUUGACACCUACAGCCGCAAAGUGUCUGUGAAUGCUGUGACUGAAGUUGAAGAUGAUAGGUUGAUGUCUGUUGUUGCUGAGAAUCAGGGUCCAAGAGAAGAAAUUAUGGGUGUUUCUCAUCUGAGUCGUGACAAAUUACAGGAUAUUAACAGGAAGGAAAUACAGGAUGAUGAUAGUGAUAGUGUGGCAGAGAAGAAUAGUGUCAAAAUGGAAGUGCGGAAUGUCUCUUUGGAUGUUCAUCCACACGAGGAUAAUGCUAGGCAUUCUCCCAGGGAAAAUUUGACAGAUUCUGGUGCUCUGGAGCUGCAAAAGGAGCCUUCACAUGAUGUUGAGACUGUUAAGAACGAUGAUGUGGACAAAUCCAGAAAAUCAUCUCUGUGGGGAAAUCUUAAAUCUUUUGCAGAUGGUAUUGUCAGUAUCUGGAAGAAACUGUAAAUUCUCAAGGUAAUUGUUUGGACUUUACAGGAACCUGUCUUUUUCAAAUGAGGUUAAUAGAUGGAUGUCCUCCUUUAGUCGUCCCGGUAUAAUUUGUAUGUUUAUGCAGAGAGAGAGAGAGAGAGAGAGAGGAGAGAGGGAGAGAAGGGAGAGAGAGCCCCAAAGACGAUCGACCGGCCUUAAAAAGUCCGGCAGCCAGGUCUCUUAUGAUACCAAGAAACAGGGCUCGACGAGAGUGAAAUUCUUAUUAAGUGUCGAAGCAUUGCGUGCGAGGACUUGGAGAAUUCCAAGUUCUUCUUCCAACACGGAGGAUGUGGAGGGGUAAAAUGCCGUUUUGAGCUGCGAGGUUUGUCUUGUGAGGAAAGGUCUCUCGGAAGAUUUUGUGGUGUUCAUGAAGGUUGUCCGAAGCACUUAGAACAUCACUAUGCAAAGAACAAAACAGCAAUUUUUGUGGCUCUUGGACUGUGCAGGAUAACAGUCGUCCCUGAUUUCCUGAGCUUUGUACCAUCUUUCUAGACUAGCUUUAUAGCCCGUCCGAUGCAGGGGACUAACCGGUGAUAAUUUGAAAUAUGAAAUAUCUAGAAUUUACCUA